UAUUACUCACACACGGCAAACGCGUUUUAAAGACAGAUGGGUUGGUCAUAAAUUCAAGCUAGCAGAGUUAGCGCAAUCAACCGGCUGGAUUAUCAAUAUUUUGCAAAAUGGGAAUAGCUGAUGAGGCUGACCGGACUCUGUUUGUCGGGAAUUUGGACCCCCAAGUAACAGAAGAAGUUAUAUUUGAGCUGUUUUUACAGGCUGGGCCGUUGAUCAAAGUCAAAAUCCCUAAAGACAAUGAUGGAAAAUCGAAGCAGUUUGCGUUUGUAAACUUCAAACAUGAAGUGUCUGUACCCUACGCCUUAAACUUGCUGAAUGGAGUCCGUCUGUAUGGACGGCAGCUCAACAUACAGUUCAGAGCCGGCAGCAGUCAUAUUAACCAGGAAGGCAAAAGUCCAGCAAACUCCCAAAACCCCAGUCCAGCAAAUACACCUGGUCACCACGGUGGAAGAACCCCAGAGCAGAUGGGCUCUCCGUCCUUCUCCCCUCCACAGCAUAUACAAAGGUCUUUCUCUUCACCUGACAGUUUGCAGAGACAGGCGAUGGUGAAUAACAUGUGGCAGGUUCAGAUGCAGCAGUUGCUCCAGCUCAAUGGAGGUCACCAGCAGGGCAUGCAGCAACUGCGCAGUCCUGCAGACAGUAAUCCCUGGCAACAGGAUUGGUCCGGCCAGCGUGGUCAUCGCCACCCUCCCCAGGACAAUAGCAACCCUGGCAGAGAUCAACGGCAGGGCCACAGCGGGAACAACUAUGACCGGCAUCGGCGCGACAGCCAGCGAGGUGACUUCUAUCACCACGAUGACCGCAGCGGAGAACACAACAGAAACCACCCUCCUGAAAGAAGGAGAGACUCUAGAGAGGGACGAUGGAAACACUUUUAAAAGCCAGCUUUAGCUGCAUUUUAGUUCUCCUGUAAAUUUUUUUUUUAAUCAACUGUUUUAAUAACCUUUUGUUAUCCUCCAAGAUUUUUAAAUUUUCUAUUUUGUGGAUUGCAUCUUAACGGUUUAAAAAAAAAAAAAAAAAGAAAGUUAGCAGUACAAAAGCACAUUUUUGACAUAAUGAGGUUAAGGCAUUUAGAUUGGAAGUUGUUUUUAGAGAUGCAAGAACAAAAAAAA